CUCUCUGUGUGUGUUUGUGUGUGUGUGUGUGUUUAAAGAUGUCUGGUCAUUAGGUGUUUAGGAUGUAGAAGAAAGUUGAAACCAGCAGCGUUUUCGUUGGUUUGUUUGGUGCGCGAGACCGCGUCGCUCGCGCGGAUGGAUUAACGGUAAAUCAGUCAGUGUCAGUUAGCGGAGUUAGCGUAGCCACACGGAGAGCGUUAGCGAUUAAAAUACGGUUUACAGAGCUGCAGGAAUCAUGGGAGCCGUGUUCCUGCCAGCAGACACGGCGCAUGCCGUGCUGAGGAGGCUCCCGAGAGCCAACUUCUUCCUGGAGGAGAUGAAGCAGGGAAACAUCCAGCGCGAGUGCAGGGAGGAGAUCUGUAACUACGAGGAGGCCCGAGAGGCUUUUGAGAACGACGAGAAGACGCGGCGAUUUUGGGAGGAGUAUCAGCGCGAAAGCAGCCCAAAACCCGGAGGACUUCAGUCCAUAGUGGGCGGAGUCAACUCACUGUACCUAGUCUUGCCUCUACUGCUGUUGCUGCUUCUCAUCGCUGUUGUCUCUUUCACCGCAUGGAGAUGCCACUCGCGCAAACGAUCCCAGCGCAGCCCUGCCAUGGGCCAGAGAGACUCCGCCCUUGCCGUCGUUUCCAUGGACCAGUGGGGGCAAGGCUACCAGCCUGACCCCACCUAUUCGGGUGACGACAUCACGCCGGGGCAGGUCAGCGUCGCGGAUCCACCUCCGUCUUAUGAGGAAGCUGUGGGUCACAUGGAUGUCCAUGUGGAGACAGAGCCUCCGCCCCAGUAUGAUGACAUCAUCAGAGGCUCUGCGAGCAACGCCGUGAUUGGCCAGGCCAAGUGAAGCACUUUUUAAUCACAACGCAGCCUCGCUCCUGAGGUUUACUCCACGCCAAACGCUGCUUCUCUUAGCGCUCUUUACAACGAGAGAACUGAACGCAACUCACCAGUUUGCUGCUGAAAUAGAUGUUUUAAUACACUUAUGUUUUAAUACCAGCAAAAGCCAGAAAUACGAGCAGCCAUACGCGUACUUUUCCACAGAAUAUAUCAGUCUGGAGUAUAAGAUGCAACAGAUUGCUUACAGACAAAAAUAUUAAUGCUGCAUUAGAGCGCAAGAGGCAUUUUAGUUUUAGUUUUAUUAUAUUAUGUUGCCAUAGUUACUAAAUCGAGGUUAAUUUAUAUAGUAAUUGACUGAUAAAAAACUAUUUGACCGAGAUAUUACAAGAAAGACAUCAGAUAUAUCUAAUCAAAUCGAUUCAAAAGGAAUAGGAACACCCCCCCUUUUUUAAAGCUACUGGAGCUUUACAACUACCUUUGUAAAAAUUAACAGACGUGCAAAAAUAAUCAGUGCAUCUUAUAGUCCAGGAAAUGAUAUAUUUAAUCCAAACACAGCAUCCUAACCAGGAGAGGAAUCAAACCGUGAAGAGGAAAACAAAAUGGUGGACAGUCAUGUGUCAGGCAGUUAACAUGAAGUGUAACUACGACAGCGUGUCCAGUGCUGCCACUGCCGCUGCUGUGAGUUAUCCGAGUGACCCGUCUCGCUGUCAUUCCUCAUCAGGCUCCACCGAAACCCUGAAAUCGAGCCAAACCGCAGCUCUCGACAACAAACAGCCCGAGUCAUAGGAUGGAGAAAAGCAGAGGAAGCACACUUUUCUCUUUUUUUCGUUCUUCUUUUUUUUAACCUUACUCGUCGAAUAUUCCAGCUCAUUAGAUACUGCAACAGUAGCACCCAUGAUCCAUUAGCUGUAACACAGAAUGUGUGUGUGUGUGUGUGUGCUCUAACACACCUGAUCGAUAGGAAACAAGUGUGUGAGAGUUGAGCAAGCGCUAAUCCGUGCAGUGCUCUAGCCAAACUAGCGUCCAGCUUCAUUUACACCAGCAAACCGCGGGUCGUUGUCUGUGAACACGCGCAUGACUGUGAAAUGAAACUUCUACCAACUUUUAUGCAAAUCAUUUACAACCCAGGUGAGCGAUGAAGUGAUGUACCGGGGUUUUGUACGCUAUCUAUCUGGCUGAUCAUAUCUCAGUUUAGUUUCAUUAUGAAAAAGAAAGGAAUUAACCACUACGUCAUAACGUUCUAGGAAAAUAAUCAACAAUUACUUUUUUUUUAUAUAUAUAUAUAAAUUCUUGAAGCGUUUUAUUCCUCUUAUACCACAGCACUUUUCACAUUUUGUCACAGAAUACUUUUUAUCCAUUUAUAGUUACAUGAUUAUGUGUAAAUCAUGAGCGAUAUUGCAUUGAAAGUAGAAAAUUGAGGUCUGAUUUUUUUGUUUUAUUUUAUUAACUCCACAGGAAAUAGCCACAGGAGCUAUGUUGUGUUUAUUUGUCACAUAUACAUGACUGCACAGUGAAAUUCGUUCUUUGCAUAUCCCAUCCUUGAGAGUUGGGGUCAGGGCGCAGGGUCAGCCAUGAUACAGUGCCCCUGAAGCCGGGUGGGUUGGGGUAGCAGCUGGGCGGUGCUGGGGCUUGAACCCCAAUCUUCCGGUCAACUACCCAGAGCUUUAACCACUUGAGCUACCACCGCCCCCCUAGUAGUUUGAAUGUUCCACAAUGCUAAAUGUAACUAUAAAUGGAUAAAAAAAUAUAGUGUGUUGUUUUUAAUAAACAGAACAGUGUAAUUGGGGGUAAAUUGCUGUGGUAUAAGAGGAAUAAAACAGUUCAGGACGUGCUGUUAUAGGAACAUAAUCAGCUCCUCUUCAUCACGCCAGGCAGGUCACUGAGUACUCUCCUGUAACAGCACGAUGCCAAGUGUUUUAUUCCUCUUAUACAGCCUCGUAUUCAUCUCCCAGCCUAUCACACUAUUAAAGAUGCAAUGAUCUAGAGUUUUUAUUUAGUAAGAAAGUGCUGUUUUCUUUAUUGUGGCUGAGAGUCACGUAAAAUUAAAAUAAAUGAACAGAAUUUAAGAUAUUCAGCCAGUUGAAAGGCAGCUUUAAGACCGCCUUCUUUUCAAAUAGACAGAUUAAAAGACGUACACUAUAUUGCCAAAAGUUUUGGGACACCCCUCCAGAUCAUUUUAUUCAGGUGUUGUUUUUCAGGGGUUGGGCUCCGCCCCUUAGUUCCAGUGAAAGGAACUCUUAAUGCUUCAGCUUCAUACCAAGACAUUUUGGACAAUUUCAUGCUCUUUGUGGGAACAGUUUGGGGAUGACCCCUUCCUGUUCCAACAUGACUGCACACCAGUGACCAAAGCAAGGUCCAUAAAGACAUGGAUGAGUGAGUUUGGUGUGGAGGAAUUUGCCUGACCUCAACCCCAUAGAACACCUUUGGGAUGAAUUAGAGAGGAGACUGUGAGACAGACCUUCUCGUCCAACAUCAGUGCCUGACCUCACAAAUGCUCUUCUAGAGGAACGGUCAAAAAUUCCCAUAAACACACUCCUAAACCUUGUGGAAAGCCUUCCCAGAAGAGUUGAAGCUGUUAUAGCUGCAAAGGGCGGGACAACUCCAUAUUACAUUCAUGUGCAUGUAAAGGCAGACGUCCCAAAACUUUUGGCAAUGUAGAGCAAGUCUGUAAAACAGCGGCCUCAUGUUUACUUGCGAAUUACUCUGUUUGUUUAGGUAGGCUUUUUGUUAAAAUUAGAUGAACACAGUCUGAUAUUCUGUCACACUAAAAAGUUAUGCAGUUUAACAUCAGCUGUCAUUAUGACCAUUAGCAAAAAGUGGAACAUUGCUAUGCACUAUUUGUAUUAUUAUUUGCCACGAAGGGAAUUUGUUCAUAAUAGAACACUCUGCUGCAGGAAAAUCAGGUGCCAGUAACCUCACACUGCAAUAACACUAGCUUACACUCAAUCACACAGCACCUGCUUUUUGUUCUUUAUUAUUUUUUGCUUUAAUUCUUUGGUUUUAAAUGUGAUGGAGUGCAGGAUUUCACUGUUUUUAAUGUCUGGUGUGUGUGUGUGUGUGUGUGUGUAUGGGGUGUUUUUCUUUUCUUUUUUUUCUUACAAAAACUCAGAUAUACAUUUCUCCUGGGAAAAUGAGGAUUUACAUUUUUGGAAUGUAUUUUUAUUUAUUUAUUUUUUUUCCCCCCUGACUUUCGUCUACACAGAGCCAUGUUUGGACACAAGACAUUUCUCAAGAUGUCCAAAAGUUUACGUAGUGUUUCAACUUUAAGGAACUGUUUCCUUAAAAUAGAGUACACACUAUUUUUUUCCUUCAUCCCAGAGGUGAAAUGGUAAAAUAGUGAAAAGUGUACUAUUAUCUACGGACUAGAGUUUUAGACCCGGUCUUAUUUUUGGUAGGCGGAGCCUCCAAGGGUUGUUUAAGACAAACUGCCCUUGUGACAUUCCAGCGGUCAGUUCCGUGUGGCGUUUAGGUUUUCUUUAUAAAUCACAGAGAUUUACAGGAAAGACUGUGAGCUAGCUGAAUUAGCCUCAUAGCUCUAGUGCCAAACUAAACAAGCAGACGUCCCUCACUGAAUAACAGAAUUUUAUAGAAUAACAAA